ACAUUAUGUCCGCCAAUCAGACGAGAGGAGAGCACCAAGUCUACGAUGAUUGGCCGAAUCGGCCUGUCUUUCAUCAGAGGGGGGCGGAAGCCGGCUGUCGGGGCCACGACUAGUAGGCAUGAAUUCCCUUGAGCAGGCCGAAGAUCUGAAAGCCUUUGAAAGAAGAUUGACAGAAUACGUAUCCUGUUUGCAACCUGCAACAGGAAGGUGGAGAAUGAUUUUAAUAGUGGUGUCAGUCUGCACAGCCACGGGGGCAUGGAACUGGUUGAUAGACCCCGAUACACAAAAAGUGUCAUUCUUUUCCUCGCUGUGGAAUCAUCCCUUCUUCACCAUCAGCUGCAUCACGCUCAUAGCGCUCUUCUUUGCAGGGAUACACAAAAGAGUCGUGGCACCGUCAAUUAUUGCUGCCAGGUGUCGGACAGUUUUAGCAGAAUACAACAUGUCCUGUGACGAUACGGGAAAGCUUAUCCUCAAACCACGGCCCAACAUCCAGUAACGGUACGCUUGUGACUUCCACAGUGGACAGUGCACACUCCGGGGAAGGAACAACAGACGAGAAGGAACACGGCACUCAAUUGUAGCCGUGCUCCUGUUAAAGCUGCUGAAUUUUCUUUUAACAGAACUUUUGUGUUUGUUCGUAAUGUUAAUCAUGUAUUUUAUCUAAAUGUUUCUAUUUUUUAAAACUAUUUACCAAAUAAAUAUUCCAGAGUUAA